AUGGUUAUCAAUCUCCUAACAAAAAGGUUAGUUAAAAAAAACCAGACAUUUUAUCAAUUCCGAAAUGUCAAAUUAGCAGAUCUGUGCGAAUUGGUGCCCUAAAGUGCAAUAAUAACGCAGAUAGAGAUUCCUUCGUUUAAGUGGGCUGAAAUGUUUUUGUCGUAUGGAAAAGUCUACCUGAUUUCACAUAGAUGACCACCACGGAAUGGUCAUUUCCAACUUUAUACAUAUGACACAUGACACACUACUUUUCUAGUAUUUUAGCUUCUGUGCAUACUUUUCCAGAAAUGGAACGAGCAAAACCUGUUUAGUUUCAUCGAAAUAUCAGUAUUUGUAUGGACGCUCUGCCAUGCAUUCAUAAUCGAAGAACGGAGUCUAAAAGCGAGCAAAAACAGUGGAAAUGGCCUCAAUGUAUAGAGAAAGGCAUGUUCUUGCGUUUACGGUAGAAAAGUAUUAGUGUUGCUUAUGAACGUGAAAAAAACCGUCAAAAGUGUCGAAUUUUUACUUGGCCUCACCGUGCAAAAAUGCAAAGUACACAGAGAUCCGUCAACGCAGUGCAGUAAUAAAGCACUUCCUAAAGAGGUAACUUAUUUGGAAAGGUUUUCUUAUUGAUGCAAGGCAUAUUCGUUGGUGACUUUCAUUGUGGACAGUCAUUUUUCUCGAAAAUGAAGUUUGAUGUUUGAAUGAAUAUAUAAAUGUGACCCAAACGACCAUCUUCGUAAAAAUGAGUGCCCGAACGCUCACUAGUUCAGUAACUGCCUUCAAGAAUAAUCUUAUUUUAAAGUUCUCAACAGACAGGUAAUUCAAAAUCUGUCUUUACGGACGAUCGGGUGAAAACACUGAAAAUCAUGAGGUAUUUAGCAAUAUUUCGAGGCCGAUCUGAAACUCGCGUAGUCCAGAACGAAAGAAGAGUGUAAAUUAAUUUAACGCAAGAAAAGUUCUCUCUAUAAACACAAAAUGGUAUGUUUACGAUCAAGCCUGUCAGUUCUAUUUAAACUUAUUAGGCACCGACCGGCCUCAUGGCAUGUCACCUUAUGAAGACCUUUGAUCCUACGACGUCCCCAUCGGCGAGAUCAAGCAAAAUCCAGCUUUUCUCGUUGAACUCCAUCUCAUUUAACUUGAAACCGUUAAUGAAAUUAUGAAACACUGGAAAACUGUUUUGGAAUCUACACCCAUGAUGUAGGUAGUUGACAAACCGUCAUGUAUGUCUUAGACUCCGGUUACGCAUCUGAACGACAUUUUCAUUGAAGGGAUAGUAAUUUAACCGCGGGAGUUUUGAUAAAUGAAUUCAGUCGAACUCGAAAACUUAUUUUACCUCCGAUGUUAACCAUGGAAAUCAACAUGCUAAUACAAAGGUUAUUUUAAGAAGACCAGAGGUUUUAUUAAUUUCUAAAUGUCAAAUAAGCAGAUCUGUGCGAUCUGGUGCCCUAAAGUGCAAUAAUAACGCAGAUAGAGAUUCCUUCGUUUAAGUGGGCUGAAAUGUUUUUGUCGUAUGGAAAAGUCUACCUGAUUUCACAUAGAUGACCACCACGGAAUGGUCAUUUCCAACUUUAUACAUAUGACACAUGACACACUACUUUUCUAGUAUUUUAGCUUCUGUGCAUACUUUUCCAGAAAUGGAACGAGCAAAACCUGUUUAGUUUCAUCGAAAUAUCAGUAUUUGUAUGGACGCUCUGCCAUGCAUUCAUAAUCGAAGAACGGAGUCUAAAAGCGAGCAAAAAUAGUGGAAAUGGCCUCAAUGUAUAGAGAAAGGCAUGUUCUUGCGUUUACGGUAGAAAAGUAUUAGUGUUGCUUAUGAACGUGAAAAAAACCGUCAAAAGUGUCGAAUUUUUACUUGGCCUCACCGUGCAAAAAUGCAAAGUAUACAGAGACCCGUCAACGGAGUGCAGUAAUAAAGCACUUCUUAAAGAGAUAACUUGUUAAGGAAGGUUUUCUUAUUGAUCAAAGGCAGAUUCGUUGUUGUGGACAACAAUGUUUCGUUCGUUGUGGACAACAAUGUUUCUCGAAAAUGAAGUUUGAUGUUUGAAUGAGUCUUCACAUGUGACCCAAACGACCAUCUUCGUAAAAAUGAGUGCCCGAACGCUCACUAGUUCAGUAACUGCCUUCAAGAAUAAUCUUAUUUUAAAGUUCUCAAUAAACAGGUAGUUCACAAUCUGUCUUGAUGGACGAUCGGGUGAAAGCACUGAAAAUCAUGAGGUAUUCAGCAAUAUUUCGAGGCCGAUCUGAAACUCGACCUAAUCCGAAACGAACGAAAAGUGUAAGUUAAUUUAGUGGAAGAAAGAUUCUCUCCGUAAACACAGAAUGGUGUGUUUACGAUCACGCCUGUAAGUUCCAUUUGAAUUUAUUUUACACCGACUGACCUCAUGGCAUGCCACCUUACGAAAACUUUACUUCCUACGAUAUUGGCAUCUGUGAAAUCAAGGAAAAUCCAUUUUCUCUUGCUGAACCCAUCUCUUUUAACUCAAACGAGUCAAGGAUAACGCGAAAGCCUGGAAAACUGCUUUGGAAUCUACACCCAGAACGUAGGCAGUUUACAAACCGCCAUAUAUGAAAUCAUACUAAUUAUUAAAUGAUAUUUAGAUGUAACCUUCACUAAAAUACUAUUAUUUGACGUUAUUUUAUUUAUACUUUCGUAUUUACUACGUUUUUGACAUGAGAAUAUAUACAUUACAUUGAAAAAAGGAAGUUUACUAAAUUACAGCCAUUUCUGACGUUUUCGAGAUAUUGCGCUUUUCUAACGAAAUCGGCAUUUCUAAACAAAGCAACACUGCCUUUAAUAUUUUUAAUGUUUUUAAUUCUUUUAAACUUUCACUUAAUUAACAUAGACAUUGGACUCGUGAAAUGAUGUCGGUUUGCGGGUGAUUGACAAUCAUUCGUUUAUUUCGACAUAUUUCAUCAGUUAGGUAACGCACUGUACACUAUGGUAAGGGUUUUCGAUAACGACCAACACUUCAUGUGCACACAGAUGCACGGAUUGGACCUCGUUAAUGACGGUGCGUAGUCUUCUCUAAGAUACAUAUGUGCACAGACUGCGGUACAGUAGGUGAAAUAAUCACUUAAUCAGUUAUUUUACAGAUAAACACUUCAGAAACAUUAUACGUAUUGCCCCGUAUGUAUACAUAUGUAUAUCGAUAUGUGCCCCAAUGUUCAGACAGUCUAAAUUACCAUGUAUUACCCUAGAACGAUCGCUACCGUCAUCAGAUCGAAUGAUAUGCGUGGGAGUUUUUGUCACACAUUGAUAGUCUACGACAGUGUCUCGAAACCAUGUGCCUCUCAGGGCCAAAAUGCAGCGUUCAUCCGUCUUGAAGUCCCGUUCUGCGAUUAAAUACAAGCAAGCACCUGAAUCCUGAUGGCUUAUGUGCCACUUUCAUGAGUUAGGUCACUAACUGUAUUUGCCUAACCCCGCAUGUCCUCGGAAGCGGCCUUGUCGUCUGCAGACACGGUUAAGAAAGGCGUGCCCAGCCAGGCGGUGGAUCUUCCAAAAACUGCCUAAAACUGGGUGAUUCCUUUCGGUCAAGUAGGUCAGCCGUUGUUAGCCAAUAGCACCACAGUCCCCAGGUGUCCCGAAAUCGGGACAGAUCGUACGCGCCACACUUUUGAGAGGUGCGUACGGAUUGACUCGCUGCUUCGCCUUAUAAAGCCACGGAAGCUCUGCACACUGAUGAUCAGAGAGUGAUAACAGCCCUCUUUGUGGGUGAGGAUGCGGGACGUCCGAUGCACUUGGUCUGACAGCGAACGGCUUGAUUAAUAACGAUAGCUCCUGGAACUCUCUCUCUGUGUGCGCGCUAGGCGCCGAAACUGUUGACAGAGCGAGAGUUAGAUUCGCCAGAGAGUGCACAAACUGAGCGCCAACACAAAUUCUCCGAACCAGAUCUCUCUCUCUCUCGCUCUGUGUGUACGUCUGGCGCAGAGAAUGUUGACGACCGGACUGCGGAAGUGCGUCUCCUGAGCCGAUGGUAGACCUUGGAGCCAGCUGUGCCGUAUGUCACGGGGUGCGUCGACAUCUGAGAUGAUGAAAUCCGUUUCAUCAGACACUGGAAACGCCUCCUGAGUAUUGAAACACAUAGUAAGAAGCUCUGUUCAUGUGAAUGUGCACAUUCUGUUGUAGGGCAGGCGUCGAGGUUCUGUCCCCUGAAAUCGGACGCCAGGUGUGGAGACCGAAAGACCCAAUACAGUCGGGGUGAAGGACCCCGCUUAAGUGCCGGUAGACUGUGGAUCGUGUCAUAGGGGAAUCAUGCAAUUGGGGGUUUUACGGAUGGAAUAAUACGUCACACAGAAAGAUCAAGGAACGCAAGAGGACACAGAAAUUGUUUGGAUUUCAGCCAAAAGUCUUAUUGUACGCUUUCGUAUGACAACGGAAGUGGGCGCGGUAAUUAAAAUAUUAGCAAAGAGCAAAUCUCGAAAAUAGCAGAGUUUGAGUAAUGGUUUUGGGCAUAAGAAGUGCAGUAGAUGUGCUAACUCAUGAAAUGUUAACCGAAAUUCUGAAAUGGAUUUUCCACUCAAAAAGAUUACUCAGAUAGGGUUGUAAUAUUGAUCACCGUGCAACAUAAUCCCAUCAUAAUUCAGGUACUUCAGGAUGCCAGCUUUUAUGCCCAUAUCUUUCUGACCGCCUGCAAAAACCACACACUGUAAAAUAAUAACUACAUGUCUAAUGUGAAUUUUUCUCAUUGAUUUUCGAUGCAUUUGGAAAUUCAAAUAUACGCAUAGAAAACAUGAAUAAAAUAUUCAUGCUUUUGCUUAUUUAGCAGAAAAAUGUGUUUUCUUUAAAUUUCGUGCUUGAGAGAAGGAUGUAAUUCGGUUUUAAAAAGCCUUUUCUAAUUCCUGAAUAAUAUUGAAACCGACCUGCCGUAACAUUUACAUCGAGGGUUUCGAAACUACAAGCAUCAUUUUUCCGCGCACGGGAAAUCAUGCAUUUCUUUACCCUGUUGAGAGGUUUAUACAAUAUGAGCCAUACUGUAAACUUAGCCAGCAACAGGCUGUUUUAUGAACGGACAUUUUACGAUCUAAAAAAUCUCGUAAUUUUCAACCCUUGUAAAACCGAAUCAUACACUUCCGUCAAGCGUAGAAUUUAAAGACGUAAUUGUCUACCAAAUGGGUAAAAUACUGAAAAUAUUAAUGCGUGGUUGUAACGAGAUAUAUUUGAAUUUAUAAGGGUAUUUAAAAUCGAUAGGAAAAAUCACACUACUUAAGUAGUUAUUUUUUUGCAGUGUGGAUUUUACAGGCGACCGGAAAGAAGUUCGUACAAAUGCCGGCAUCCUGAAGUAACUGAAUUAUCAUGAGAUUAUACUGCACACUGCUCACUAUCACAACCCUGCUUAAGUAAUCUUUUUGAGCGAAAAACGCAUUUCAGAAUUUCAGUCGACACUUUUUGAGUUAGCACAUCUACUGUAAUUGUUGUUGGCAGUGUAAUAUCUGCCUGAUCGCAUGAAUAAAAUAUUCAUUCUUUUGCCUAUUCGGUAAAAAAUUACAUCUUCUUCAAAUUUCAUGCUUGAGAGAAGGGUACAAUUCUGUUUUAAAAAGACUUUCUAAUUCUUGAAUUAUUUUGAAGCCGACCUGCCGUUACAUUUACAUCCAGGGUUUCGAAACUACAAGCUACAUUUUUUAGUGUACCGAAGAUCAUACAUGUCUAUACUCUGUUGAGAGGAGGCCACGUUGGGUUCAUACAGUUUCGCUGUGGAUUUGAGCCACACUGUAAACUUUGCAAAAAAAUAUUAGUAACUGCAGAUACAAGGUGUUUUAUGGGCGGACAUUUCACGCUCUAUAAAAUCCCAUAAUUAUCAUCUAUUUUAAAUCCGAACCAUACACUUCCUUCAAGCGUAAAAUCUGAAGACGUAAUUGUCUACCAAAUGAGUAAAGUACUGAAAACAUUUAUGGGUGAUUUCAUCGAGAUACACUUGAAUUUAUAAGGGCAUCUAAAAUCAAAAGGAAUAAUUGUACAAGGUGAGUAGUUAUUUUUUGCAGAGUGGGGUUUUUAUAGGCGGCCGGAAAGAAAUUCGUAUUAAAAUCGACAUCCUGAAGUAACUGAAUUAUUAUGAGAUCAUGGUGAACAGUAUUCAGUAUUACAAUUCUACUUAAGUAAUCUUUUUGAGUGGAAAACUCAUUUCAAAAUUUCAGUUGACACUUCAUGAGUUAGCACAUCUACUGUAAUUGCUGUUAGCAGUGUAAUGUCUGCUACGGCCUGCAGAUGGAUGUCAAGAUAAAACCCUACAUGACCCGAUCCACGGUCUAUUAACAGUUAAGUAAGGUCCUUUACCCUUCCGUCAUCUGGAGUCGUUUAGCAGAUCUGGUGAACUUGUGGACAAAUCGACUAAGUCGGCGAAAAUUAGAGAUUUCCUCAGAGAUGGAUGGCCGAACAUGCAGCAGCAGCAGCAGCAGCAGCAGCAGCAGCAGCAGCAGCAGCAGCAGCAGCAGCAGCAGCAGCAGCAGCAGCAGCAGCAGCAGCAGCAGCAGCAGCAGCAGCAGGAAGAGGAGGAAGGACGCUAG